UCUGUAUGAAUCUAACUUAUUCAUUCCCUACGGACCAUAGCAGAGAUGCGCCUCUUGGAGACACUGUGCUUUCUCUUAUUUGUGGCUUUAUUGACUGAGGUACAACAGGCUCAAGGAAACUGUGAUAUUACGUCCAUUACGUCGCCGUCAGCUUCAAACUUGUACAUAAAAUGGACGAGUUUUCCUGGAGCCACGAACUACUUCAUGGACUUAAGGGUCGUGAAUUCGACCACUGUGACCCCCGUCGUGUUACAGUUUACAGCGUCCACGACGGAGAAACUGGUGCAGGGGUUACGGCCUGGAAGCCUGUACCAAGUCACGCUUAAAGUCUACCAGUUUUACUAUGUGAUGUGUAUCAGCUCCACUCUAGCGCAGACAGUGCCCGCAGCCUCGCAGAUAACGUUUUUCAAGGCCAUUUCGAGCACGUCGAUAACGUUUCAGUGGUCCAGCGUCGUGGGAGCCGACAGUUAUGUGCUGGUGGUGGAGGGAGCGUUUCACACCGAGUACCACAACCUCACCUUCACAUCGCUCAGCGGGGACAUCACUGGACUUCAGCCGGCCAAAACCUACAACUGCUACGUCUACUCCUCCAACGCCGCCGGGCUGGGCGCCAAAAGCUCUGUAAAAACAGUUAACACAUUGGUCCAGCCACCAGGUGUUGUGACUGUGACAACAGUAAAUUCCAACACAGUUCACGUCACCUGGUCCAGCGUCCCCGGCGUGUUGCUCUACCAAGUGUCGCUGACGGAAAAUAACCGAUCAGGACUUCCUCCCGUGACUUGGAAUACCUCUGCUACCUCUCUGAAUCUACCUAACCUCAAACCAUGUUCAAGCUACACAAUAGGCGUUUCGUCUAUCAAUAUGUUUCUGCAGCCUGGAGAGCCGUCCACUGCCCUUUACACCACCAAUUCUGUUGCUUCGGUGCCAUCCAUAUCAGUGGACUACAGUUGUACUAACGCCAUUGCAACUGUUAAUUGGGAGGCUGUGUCUGGCGCUAGGUUGUACCGUGCGGUGGCCACCGGCAAUAAUGGAACGUCUUUGUCCUGCACCUCCAUUGGCACGUCCUGCCAGAUUACCACACUUGGAUGUGGUGAACACUACACUGUACGAAUCACUAGCAUCGCCGACUGCGAGAGCACCUCCAACAUCAGCUACACUUUUGAGACAGCACCCUGCCCACCCCAGAACCCGAAGAUUUUCCGUGAGUGUUUCAGCAACGUGAUCAUAUUCUCAUGGGCUCCUACCAACAACACAGCAUAUUACGUCGCCCAGUCUGUGGACUCGGAUGGGGUGGUGAACGAGUGCGUUACCAUAUAUACUUCCUGCUACUUCACUCAGACGGACUGUGGUCUCACAUACAGCUUCACCGUCAGCUCUGUGUACUCUGGUGCUGAGGGCUGCAACACUGGGUCCACCUUGCCAGUAACAGUUAGCACAGCACCCUGUUUACCCCAGAACGUUCGCACCUCGGCAACGGAUUGUCUGUCAGACACAUUGAUAACCACGUGGAACCCAGCCCGGGGAGCCCUCAGCUACACAGUGCAGGCACGUGGUAACCGUGACGACUUCUACAACUGCACGUCCCAAGGAACUAACUGUACGAUGACCGGUGUGAAGUGUGGCCAGAGCCUGAGUGUGUGGAUCACCGCUUCCAACAAUGAGUGCAUGACUGAUUUCAUACUGGCGGAUGUGGCUGAGACAGUUCCCUGUGCUCCUCAGGACAUUUUCUUGGUGGAUACCUGUGGCUCCUUCUCCAUCACUCUCAACUGGCUUACCAGCAAUAAUGCCAUUUUCUACACAGCCAAAGCUGUCCUUCCAGAUGGCACGAUCCGCUUCUGCAACACCAUGAACACUCAGUGUGAGAUCAUGGGUCUGCAGUGCGGACAAACCUACGAGGCCUUUGUCAUGUCAACCAACUUCAUCUGCAACAGCACCGACAGCCAGCACAUCGCCGUAAAGACUGGUGGGGUUCCAUUUUGA